AUGCAAACGCCUCCAGAAAGGCAUGUCCUAGAUUUCGAGACACUACACAAUGUGCUAGCCGUAGAUCGAGCUGUCGAACAUAGUAUCGUCGAUGUAUCGCAGGCCACAGCUGCACCAUCCAACCAGGCUCUUGCCAUUCGUCUUUCUUCUCAGGAUCCGUUUAGACGACCCGCCUUGAGCGAUCAUACCGCUGUACGAGCUUCGAUCAGCGGACAUUCACACUCUCAGCAGAGAGACUUCGACUUCACCCCCUUCUCAUCUAGCACACGUGAUACAGGGCAUCAAUGCAGGCAUCGAGAAAUUCCGUCUCUUACGAGUCCUGUUGACUGCUAUGCUGCCUCUCCGGACAAAUGGUCACCGGCUGGUGAUUGGCACCUGCAGAAAACAAUCAGAACAGAACGCAAACACAUCCCAUACUGUAACUCGCUUGCCCUCUCUCACGAUGGGAGGUUCGUAGCCUCAGGUCACGAAGACGGUGUGAUUAUUUUGUGGAGUACACAAACAGAUGAUAUCGUUUCUGGGCCAUUGAAGGGUCACACACGCCGGGUGAACGACAUUGCAUUUUCCCCAAAGGACGAGCGUAUUGUCACUGGUUCCAGCGACUGUACAGCCCGAAUCUGGGACUGUACAAACCAAAAGCUUGUCAAAUUUGAUGGACAUCCAAGAAGUGUAGAGCUGGUUGCAUUUUCACCUAAUGGCAAACAAGUCGUUUCAUCAUUACAUGCAUCCGAGGGGCCUGAAGGUUCGUUGGCCAUAGUAUUAUGGGAUGCUCGCUCUGGAGAACAAAUCCUUGUCUUGAACACAACUCAUGAUUUCAAGGACAUUCGCAAUGUUGGAUUCUCCACGGACGGACGGUUCGUAAUGGGCACCUAUCUUUGGGUUGGGGACGGUUCUAUGGAGCUGUUCACGCGCCAAGACGGUGAAGUCCGGGCGUGGAAUGAGACGAACCAUCUUACUUGGAAUAGGCCUGUGACACUCUCAGCAACAGGAGAGUACAUCGCCACCAUUUCCGAAGACGGUAUCAUAAUGCUGUACUCUCGAGAUUCAUUCAGUCUGUCAACUUUAUGCAUCACGGCAACAGAGGAUAUAGAUGAAAAGCACCGAAAACUGUGA